GGGAGUAGUGGAAAGAACUGCUGGCACGUCAAAAUUGGAACAAAACCCUCACAGGGGUGAAAAAUGUAUGCUGUCACAAAGUCACGUCAGCGACGAAGAAUGGGCGCUUUUGAUCGGCUACAUGUUUUAGAUGUUCUUAGCCUACGUACACUUUUUUAUAUUGAGAUAGGGGUAUUUGUAGAAACAUUUGGCACAUACAGAGAAAGACAAAUACGAUCCGUUAUCGGACAGGCCUAAAUAGAUGUGACAACUAUCCGGUUGAUUCUCGCCAACUCUGUUUACUGAUUUGUAGAACGGCGUGCGAACACUUGUAACGGGGACAGCAGGGGACUAACCAACCGCGCUCCUCGAGCCAGAGGAAGAGACUCGUAAAUCAACGCAUCCGACAAGUGCGAAAGUUCUGAUAGGAAUCAGUGCACUGUCAUUCAGUGGCGCCGUAAUCGGCUACAUUUUCUGGAUUAGCAGAGGAACUAUUUGCUAGAAAAAAUGGAGUGGAAACAUGUUGAGGCUGUACAGGAAUUUACAGUUGAAGGACAAUGCAGCAAAAUUAAGGUGCGAUCUUGCAGAAUUACAUGGGACGCCCACCAGGUGGGGAACCCUUGCGUGGAGCUGACUCUGUCAGAGCUGCAGGAGAUGGCCACACGGCAACAGCAACAGAUCGAGACCCAACAGCAGAUGCUGGUUGCCAAGGAGCAGCGUCUGAGGUACCUGCAGCAGCAGGACCACAGACAGGGCCAGACGGUGUCAGAGGCUGAGAAGCUACAGAGGUUGAUGGAGCGAGUGGAGAGUCAGGAGGCCAAACUAAAGAAGAUCCGCGCCAUGAGGGGCCAGGUGGACUACAGCAAGCUCAUCAAUGGCAACCUGUCGGCUGAGAUCCAGCAUGUGAGUGGGCAGUUCCAAGAGAAGCAGGCAGAGCUGCAGUCAGCUGUGGUGAAGGUGGACCAACUCAACCAGCAGCUUGAGGACCUGAGGAGGGGACGUCUUAACGGCCUGCAGCCCCUAGGAGGACCUCUCACUGGCACCGCCGCUCUGGAGCUACGCAAACUCUACCAGGAACUACAGGUGCGUAACAAGCUGAACACGGAGCAUAGUGGCAGGCUGCAGCAGAACAAGGAGCUGCUGAAUAAGCGCAACACGGAGGUGACUAUGAUGGACAAGCGCAUUGGGGACCUUCGCGAGCGCCUGCACAAGAAAAAAACAGAGCUUAACAGGAUAAACGGUCCUCCCUCCCCCCAGCCCACUCCCAGCAGCUCAGGCCGCGUAGCCGCGGUAUGUCCGUACAUCCAGGUGCCCGUCCCAGGCAGACAAGAGGUGGGCUAUGCUCUGCCCCCAGACCCCGUCAAACCACCGUUUGUCCCUGGGACGGGCACCAUCAGCCAUGGUCGCUCCAAAUCAGCCAAUGAAGCAGUGUGGUCCACCCUUAGUAAAAGUGUCUCCUCGAUGCAACAUUCAGAUUGGAGAAACACCAGCCCAGACCAGAGCCUUGACUUCAAUAAGCUACCAGGAGGAUCCGUGUCCAAACCACUACCCAUCUAUGGGACCUACCCUGCACCUACUGGCCACCCGUCUAUAGUCUGCUCUACCAGCUCCCUGACCAGGUCUGCCCCUGCCACUUUAGCCUGGCAGCGUUCAGCCCCAGCACCUCCUGGUUACUCCUCCCAGCAGAUCCAGCAGCGUAUCUCUGUCCCCCCGAGCCCCACACCCCAGUCAGGCCUGGGAGAGGGGGAGAGUCCUGACCCCCUGCCGGCUGUGGCUGUGAGACCCUACGUUCCAGACCGGUCCUCCUCCAGGCCUCAGUCCCCCAGGAAGGGCCCUGCCACUAUGAACUCCUCCUCCAUCUACCACAUGUAUCUGCAGCAGCCUGCAGCGGCCAAGAGCUACCCAGCAGGAGGCAGGUCUGCUGUCAAAGCAGUGUAUGGGAAACCCGUGCUUCCCUCUAGCACCUCUCCCUCCCCUGUGCCCUUCCAGCAUGGGACCCUGUCCCCAGGAGGAGAGAGUGGAGAGGACAUGGUGGACAGGGAAGGGGACACCACAGAGGGUAGACUCCUACCCCCUCCCAGUGUGGAGAACAUCCCGCGGCCACUAAGCCCCACCAAGCUGACCCCCGUGGCCCACUCCCCGCUGCGCUACCAGAGCGACGCCGACCUAGAGGUCCUGCGCCGGCGGCUGACCAACGCACCGCGCCCGCUGAAGAAACGCAGCUCCAUCACAGAGCCAGAGGGCCCCACCGGACCCAACAUCCAGAAGCUCCUGUACCAGCGCUUCAACACCCUGGCCGGAGGCAUGGAGGGCAGCAACAGCACCCCAUUCUACCAGCCCGUCUUCAUGGGUGGUGUCCUGGGAUGUCCGGACAUGGACAACAUCAACACUUCUCAUGGGAACCUGAUCGGGACAGCUUCCCUGGUCGUCACUGCCGCAGACGGUACCAACUCAGACCAUCGCCUGUCCUCUUCCAUGUCCCCUUCCUCUGACUCCAAUGAGAGGAGGACACUCCCACCCAGUGAGACAACUCCCCGCAUGCCCACCCCCCAGCCCAGCUUGGAAGACAACAACAACCAACCUGGCACCAACUCCACUCCCAGGCCCAUCCCCAUCCCUGAGGCCUCGUCUCCCCAGCCGAAAGAAAUCUCCCACCGGACUGUCACACCCCCGGCAUUGUCUAAGCAGAUCAAGAGGACUAACCUGAAGAAACCUGAGUCAGAGAGGACAGGCCACAGCCUGCGGGUCAAGUUCAACCCUCUUGCCCUGCUACUGGAUGCCUCUCUGGAGGGAGAGUUUGACUUGGUGCAGCGGAUCAUCUAUGAGGUUGAGAACCCCAGCACGGCCAAUGACGAGGGCAUCACCCCCCUUCACAAUGCCGUAUGUGCUGGACGUCACCACAUCGUCAAGUUCCUGCUCGACUUUGGAGUUAACGUCAAUGCUGCUGACAGCGAUGGAUGGACCCCACUACACUGUGCGGCCUCCUGUAACAGUGUGCAUCUCUGUAAGCUGCUGGUGGAGUCAGGGGCGGCCAUCUUUGCCACCACCAUCAGUGAUGUGGAGACAGCGGCUGAUAAGUGUGAGGAGAUGGAGGACGGAUACACACAGUGUUCCCAGUUCCUCUUCGGGCUGCAGGAGAAGCUGGGGGUGAUGAAUAAAGGGUCUGUGUAUGCACUGUGGGACUAUGAAGCACAGAGCUCAGAUGAGCUGUCCUUCCACGAGGGAGACGCCAUCACAACCCUGAGUCGCAGGGACCACGCUGAGACAGAGUGGUGGUGGGCCAGGCUACAUGACAAGGAGGGCUACGUACCACGCAACCUGCUCGGGUUGUAUCCAAGGAUCAAGCCUAGACAACGUUCUCUGGCAUAGAGAAGACGGUGCACUAUGCUGAGAACGCAGUGCACGUUGUUGUGCUCUGACUGGGCUCAGAGCUGGGUCUGACUGGAUCUGCAGACAGUGGCUGUGCCUGGACAGUGCCCUCUCGUUGUGCCAGUCUGUGCCUCCCCAGAACAAAGGACAAGGGCCAGGGCAUGGACAGAGGGGGCCAUAUCCGGACAGACAGACAUGCAUGGAAUUGGUGGUCACUUACCUAAGAGGAAGUAGAGGCAGUAUCCACGGCCCAGAGAUCUGUCUACAUUUUUUUUAAGGUCCCCCCCUUCCCUUCAUUGGACCAUGAAGCAAUGAAGCUCAUUGGAUCAAUGACUCCCACCACCCUGGCACCACCCCUCAUUCAGAGAAUACUCUGAGCAGAGCUUCCCUCUUUCCCUUCUCACUCAGUGUUUGUCUCCUGUGUGUCAGUCAGAGUUAGGCCAAAAUGUGAUGAUCUCAGAAAAGGGAGCAGAGAACAGGGACAGUCAUGAGUUAUUGAAUAUGGGUUUUGCAGUAAGUGCUGUUUGAAGGCGAUCAGAGUUCAAACCCUGGAGGUCAUAUCUUCAGGGUUCAGCUGAGGAAAGAAAGGAACAGGUUUUUACAAGAUGAGAAAGGGAAGGAAAGUGACAGAAGGUGUAAUUGAAAGACUUUGAAGGCCAGUUAAAACUACUAAAAGAUGUGUGGAAUGUUCUAAACAGUCAUACAAUGUUGGUGUUAUUUAUGCAAACCAAAACUGGUGUUCUGAAGGAAUGAGUGGAAGAUGUAAUGCUGGGAUGGGAAAGUGAAAGGGGCUGCAUUCUCUUCUACAGAUGCAAUAACUAUGAAGCUAACUAUGGGUGUGAAUUUGAACUAAACUCAUCAAACACUCAUAAGCCUACAGUAUAUAAAUGCUUUAUCACCUAGUUGGAUCUCUCUUUGGAGUUUUUCAUUUUGAGUUACAUUUUAGCAGACGUUUGUACAUUGUAUUGUUUUCCCUAUUUUUGUUUCAAGUUGGUUGUUGUCUUUUUAAUACCCAUCAUGCAAAGUGAUACACAUUUUGAUCACUGAGUAUAGCCAUACCACAGGAGGUUGGUGGCACCUUAAUUGGGUGGGCUUGUGGUAAUGGCUGGAGCGGAAUAGUGGAAUGGUAUCAAAUACAGCAAACAUAUGGUUUCCAUGAGUUUGAUGCCAUUCCAUUGGCUCUGUUCCAGCCAUUAUUAUGAGAAGUUCUCCCCUCAGCUGCCUCCAAUGAGCCAUACAGUACUAUCUUUGGUAUAGCCUACCUGUUGACUGAUGCUUUCUUGAUCUAUAGGUUGUGCAUAACCAUCAGUUCUAUGGGAUGGUUUAUGUGACAAAACGAACGCCAAACAAUAUGCAUAAUGAAAUGUAAAUGUACACAAUAAAUAAUGAUUUCCCUUAAAUGGGAAUAAAACAUGUUUUAACAUAUACUGAACAAAAAUAUGAACGCAACAUGUAAAGUGUUGGUCCCAUGUUUCAUAAACUGAAAUAAAAGAUUCCAGAA